CUCAUCUCGGCGCAUCUGCCCCCGAAGAGGGAAAUUAAAGUAUGAGCACAUCACGAAUUAAUAUGGCAAAAUAAAUAAAUAAAACCCUAUAUAAUCGUGGACAGUUACCAAUUACCCACUGUCGAGAGUCAGUGGAAAUACUUCUCCUUGGAAAAACAACAUGCGAAGUCUCCUCCUCUACCCCCUCCUGGCCGCUUCCGCCAUGGCCGAAAAGCUUCUCUACAGAAAUACUUUCAACAGCACCGAGGCAAUUGCAGAUUGGGUUGCCGAAGGUCCCGUCAAGGCCACCGUCUCCAACAACACUCUCGAACUAGCUGCUCCGGGAGACUUUGUCUACUGGGUCCCUGAAGUCUUUCCUGAGCGCAUCCGCAUCACCUGGGAGUUUUCACCUAUCGAGGAGCCCGGCCUAGCUAUCAUAUUCUUCGGUGCAGCAGCCGCCAAAGACGGCGGAAGUAUUUUCGACAAGGAUCUCAAGCCCCGGAAUGGAUCUUACCCGCAGUAUCACUCCAGCGAUAUCCGAACGCUGCACGCUUCGUACUUUCGGCGUCGAUGGCCUGAGGAGAGGGCUUUUCAUCUAGCCAACUUGCGCAAGUCGCCUGGAUUUCAUCUUGUUGCGCAAGGAGCGGACCCGCUGCCGAAUGUGGAGGAUACUCAGGGCGCUUAUUACAAGGUUGAGGUUAUUCACGACAAGCGCGAUGUCAAGUUUUCGAUAAACGGAUUGGAAUUAUUCUCAUGGGAAGAUGUGGACCGAUCGACUGGGCCUGUUAUUCGUGGUGGACGGAUUGGCUUCAGACAGAUGAAUCCUCUUGUUGCUCGAUAUCGCAACUUGGAAGUAUGGAAACUUUAGAGGCCAGGUCCAUGACUUCUAUGAUUGGGUAGACAGAUACUGGUUACAUUACUACCUUGAACUAGACAUUCGAUAUCAGACUUUCGUUAAGUUGAGAAUCCUCCAGAGUUCGCCUGUCUAGGCUCACCAG